UUGCAUAAAUAAAAUCUUUAUCCAAAUCUGGGAAUCAUAGUACUCGGACUCCUCUGACUCCUCGCAACUAACAAACAUAAUCUCCUCUGAUCUUUAUAUAUAAAAACAGGCUUCUCUCUGAAACAAAGUCUUCUUCUUCUUGACCAGUAGUCUGACUGAAUUCUCCCAUAAUACCUCAUAACCCAAACAGAAAUAAUCAUGAGUGAACAGCUUUUUGAACUCAACAAUGGGACUAUUAGUGUUCGUCUUACCAACUAUGGUGCCACCAUUACUUCCCUCUUUGUUCCUGACAAGCAAGGGAAGCUUGAUGAUAUUGUUCUUGGGUUUGAUUCAGUUGAAGCAUAUAUGAAAGGGAAUGCACCUUAUUUCGGUUGCAUUGUGGGGCGGGUUGCAAAUAGAAUCAAGGAGGGGAAGUUCAGCCUGAAUGGGGUGGAAUACUCUUUGGCUAUAAACAAUGGGCCAAACAGUCUUCACGGUGGUAUUAAGGGAUUUGACAAAGUGGUGUGGGAUGUUGUGGAACAUAAAAGUGGUGAACAACCAUCAAUUACCUUCAAAUAUGAAAGUCAUGAUGGGGAGGAAGGAUAUCCUGGAGAUGUUACUGUAACUGCUAAGUAUACACUAACUUCAAGCAAAUCAAUGAGGUUGGACCUGGAAGCAGUACCUAAAAGUAAGUCUACUCCAGUUAACUUAGCACAGCACACCUACUGGAAUUUAGCAGGUCACAACUCUGGGAAUGUGCUUGAACAUUUGGUUCAGAUAUGGGGAUCCCAAAUAACGCCUGUGGACCAGAACUCAAUUCCCACAGGAGAAUUCUUGCCAGUUAAAGGCACAGUUUUUGAUUUCACUUCAGAAAAGAAAGUUGGAAGCUCAAUAAGUAAAGUUGAGGGUUUAGGAUAUGACCAUAACUAUAUCCUUGAUAGCGAAGAAGAGAAAGAAGGCUUAAAACAUGCAGCUAAGGUGAAGGACCCUUCUAGCUCUAGAGUGUUGAACUUGUGGACAAAUGCUCCUGGAAUGCAGUUUUACACUGCAAAUUAUGUGAAUGGUGUUUCUGGAAAAGGCGGGGCUGUCUAUGACAAGCAUUCAGGAUUAUGCUUUGAGACUCAGGGCUUUCCAAAUUCCAUAAACCAACAAAAUUUUCCUUCCAUUGUUGUCCAUCCUGGAGAGAAGUACAAACACUCUAUGUUGUUUGAGUUUUCAGUUGAGUAGUUUUAUUAUCCCUCAAAUAAGGAUUAUAGAGGUCAUUUGAGCUUUAUUUGAUUAAUAUUUUUCUCUUAUAGGAGCUUUCAGUCUACACAAGGCUUUGUUAGAGUUCGAUUAUAUGAUAGGAUUCUAAAUAACAGUUUUUUAAUGAAAUAUCAUGAUUUACAGUUUUCCAGUG